GAAGAAUCAUAUUCUUCUAGGUGAGUGUGGUGAAGAAGAAAAUAUGUGAUUGUUGUAGUACAUGUUUAUUGAAAUAUGUGAUAUAUAAUGUAAGUUCACAAUUGAACAACUAAUGUCAGGUCGACCACUCUCUCGAAUCGAUCAACCUCUUUGGAUAAAAUGGUAGACAUCUUCACUGAUAUGGUCGAUACUUUUGGACAAAAUGGUUAACCUUUUUGCUGAUAUGGUCGACCUCUUUGUUGGAAUAGUCGAUCUUUCUACUCGUGAGUCUCUCACAAAUGGCUGACCAAUUUAGUUAAAUGAUCGACCAUAUUUUUUAUUAGAAUGGACAUAUUUAUGUAAGUGAUCAACAAUAAUUUUUUCCCAAUCCGACCAUUUUUUUCAAGUCAUCAUAACUUGCAAAUCACCAUAGGCAUACCCUCCUCAAAUCUAUUCCAAGAAUGAAUGAUUAAAAAUGAUUACCCUCCUCAAAUCUAUUCCAAGAAUGAAUGAUUAAAAAUGAUUUAGUACGGUGAUAAAAUCAUAACUUGUAAAUCACCAUACGCAUACCCUCAAAUCUAUUCCAAGAAUGAAUGAUUAAAAAUGAUUUAGUACGGUGAUAAACUAACAUUUUAUCACCUUAUCUUCUCUCGGAAGCCGGUAAACGCUGAAAAAAGGACGCGAAGCUGAAGUUGACCGUUCUGGAUCCAGCUUCAAUUCCAUUAAUUCCACUCUCUCACUCCUCCAAAGCUCCGCUCACUUUCGCCAUGGCUCCUCCAAAGCGUCACCCCACCGUUCUUCUACUAUGCGGCGAUUACGUGGAAGAUUCCGAGGCCAUGGUUCCUUUUCAAGCUCUGCAAGCUUUCGGAAUCACAGUUCAUGCCGUCUGUCCGGGCAAGAAGGCCGGCGAGUUUUGCCGAACUGCCGUCCAUGAGCUCGGUAGUCAUCAGACCUAUACAGAGUCCCGUGGUCAUAAUUUCACUCUAAAUGCCACAUUCGGAGAAAUUGAUUAUGGAAAGUAUGAUGGGCUUGUCUUACCUGGUGGACGUGCUCCAGAAUAUCUGGCAAUGGACCAAACUGUGUUAGACUGUGUGAGGAAGUUCUCAGAGUCUGGAAAACCAAUUGCCUCUAUAUGUCAUGGACAAUUGAUCUUGGCAUCUGCAGACAUUGUAAAGGGUCGAAAAUGUACCGCAUUUCCUGCUGUGAAACCAGUGCUGCUUGCUGCUGGUGCAGAAUGGGUUGAGCCUCGAACCAUGGCGACUUGUGUUGUAGAUGGGAAACUCAUUACGGGGCCAACAUAUGCUGGACAUCCAGAAUUUAUCAACCAUUUGGUGAGAGAACUUGGAGGUGCAAUAACUGGUGCUGAUAAAAAGAUCUUGUUUCUGUGUGGGGAUUUUAUGGAAGAUUAUGAGGUGAUUGUUCCUUUUCAAUCUCUUCAAGCUCUUGGGUGCCACGUUGAUGCAGUUUGUCCUGACAAGAAAGCUGGGGAUACAUGCCCUACUGCCAUCCACGAUUUUGAAGGCGACCAGACUUACAGUGAGAAGCCUGGCCAUACUUUCACUCUAACAGCCUCGUAUGAUGCGGUAGAUGCCUCGAGUUAUGAUGCGCUUGUCAUCCCUGGCGGUCGAGCUCCAGAAUAUUUGGCACUGGAUGAGACUGUCAUUGACUUGGUGAAGAAGUUCAUGGAAUCCAAGAAACCGGUUGCCUCCAUCUGCCACGGACAACAGAUCUUGGCUGCUGCAGGUGUUUUGAAGGGAAGAAAGUGCACGGCUUACCCAGCUGUGAAGCUCAAUGUCGUGCUCGCUGGUGCGGAGUGGCUGGAACCUGAUCCAAUUGAUCGAUGCUACACUGAUGGUAACUUGAUUACUGGAGCGGCGUGGCCAGGUCACCCAGAAUUCAUCUCCCAGCUGAUGGCAUUGCUUGGUAUCCGUGUUUCAUUCUAGUUGAGGUUCGCAUAUGUAUCAUGUAUCCGGCGGACCUUGAUGUCUGUUGAUGCCCAAGUGUAACUUGAGAGAAAGCCAUCACUGACCUGUUGUUUCAGUAUACUAUCCCUUGUCUGCUGUUUUUUCUCUCCCCUUUUUCACCCAGUACUUGAAGCCGGAAGACGUUAACUAUCUCUGGUGUGACUUUAUUGCAAAUGAUGGCCAAAACUAGACAGAAUGUCACGCAGUUUCUCCGGUAAAGCUGGUUAUCACAACAAUCUGUUCCGCCAAGAAAGGAAACGAGGCCAAACCUCACAGCUGCGGAAUAUGGCAGAGAAUCGACACCCUCCGGACAAAAUUCAUGAAGUUGAAAAUGAACGCGAAGUGUUUGAUAAUUUACUUGCAAAUCGGCUGGCAACGGUUCUUCCACUAGUUAUAGGUAAAGCUCAGUCAGCAUUUGUUAAAAGGUCGUUAAUAAGUGACAAUAUCUUAAUGGCAACAUAACUGGUCAAGGACUAUCAUAAAAAGAUCAUUUCUUCGAGAUGUGUGUUAAAAAUCGAUCUUAUAAAUGCGUUUAAUUCUGUGGACUGGGAUUUUUUUGUUCAAGGUUCUAUUAGCAAUGAAUUUCCCAGCUGAGUUUGUUAGAUUACUAGAAACGUGUAUUAGAACUCUAAUAUUGAGUGUAUGUUUUAAUGGAGGGUUAUGUGGCUAUUUUUCUGCUUGCAAAGGGCUUAGGCAGGGUGAUCUCUUAUCGCCUUACUUGUUCACUGUUGUGAUGGAGUUUUUUCUCGUGUCUUUUAUACCAUGCUGCUACAACCAAUCAUGUGCCCUAUCAUCCUAGGUGUAAGACUUUAGAGAUCUCCCACUUAUGUUUUGCGGAUGAUCUCUUAGUCUUCACUGAUGGAUCAGUCAGAGGAGUUAUGAGAGUUAGACGGCUGCUGGAUGGGUUCUAUAGGGAUUCAGGACUGCGGUGUAACAUAGAGAAGUGUCAGUUGUUCUGUGCGGGUAUACCUGAAGAAGAGAAGAGAAUGAUAUCGAGGGUGACGGGGUUUUCCUCUAGGGGAGUCGUAUGUUCGUUACCUUGGUGUGCCUCUAAUCACGGGUAAGCUUUCGUCUACUGACUGUAAGAUGCUAGUGGACAAGAUAACAACCUGUAUUUCUACAUGGUAAGCACAUUUUGUUGAGCUAUGCGGGGCGAUACAAUUAAUCUCCUCGGUCAUCACUAGUACUAUGCAGUACUGGAUGGCGUUAUUCUUGUUACCAAUGAAGGUUCUGAAGGAUAUAGAGAGAAUCUGCAACCAGUUCUUAUGGGGAGCUGGAAGUAUGGAGAAGAGGAAAAGAGCAUUGGUAUCAAGCUCGACUAAUUAUAUUAAGCUGACAGAAACACAAAUAAGAGAAGCAAGGGAUUUAAGAUCGAAUAACAACGAACGAAGAUCUCAGAUUGUGGAGAGCGGAUCGAAUUCGGUUCUAUGGUCGGCAAAUCAAUACGACUACUCCGUCCCACCAAGCAGAUCAAUGUUACAUUCACAUCCAAAAUAACACAAAUUCAAUCGUUCGAAACUAAGAAUCUGCUAAAUGCAUAGCCAAUUCCAACCAUAAAGGCGAACAGAAAGCUUACAGAUAACGAAACGAAAUCCAGUCGGCAGCCUCAAUUAAACUUUGUAAACCCAAUCGUACGGCAUAGAGUCGCAAGAGACAGGGUACAGAGAUUCAAAUUCCAGGAAAAUAAGAACAGACAUGGGGGGAUAAAUCUAGAACUCGAGCUUGAGCUCUUCCUUCUCGGCGGCGGAGAGAUAAUGGAGGAGGUAAGGACUGAUGCGGAUGACGGCGACCCAGGCAGUGAACAUAGCGGCGUGGACUUUCAGCUGCUUGUACGCCUCAGCCUUGUCCGGCUUCUUCAUGAACAUCCCGGGAAACAUGGUUGAAGAUCGGCGUCGCUUCGCUUAUCGAGUUCUUUUUUUGCGCUGAGCCUUAAACCCUAACAGAGAGUAGUAAAAUUGUGCAAAAGGG